GCCUGGUCCCUCCGAAUCGCUGGGAGAGAGGCGUCGCCAUCUCCUCCUCCUCCUUCUCUUCGCCCAUUUCCCCCCCUUUUGCGACGUGGUCGUGUCCGGCGCCUUCCCCGCCAGCUUCAAGGAGGGAAAUGUGGCGCCUCGUUUGCGCGCGGCGGCCGCCGCUUCUGCUUCUGGCUGCGCCGGCGCUGCUGCUGCUGCUGCUGCUGCUGCUUUGCCUGCUCGCUCCGGGCUGCCGGGCGCAAUUCGAGCGCUACAGCUUCCGCAGCUUCCCCCGCGACGAGCUGAUGCCCUUGGAGUCCGCCUAUCGCUACGGCCUGGACCAGUACAGCGCCGAGAAGUGGCCCGAGAGCGUCAGCUACCUCGAGGUCAGCCUGAGGCUGCACCGCUUGCUGAGGGACAGCGAGGCCUUCUGCCACGUCAACUGCAGCUCGGCCCGAGCCCGGGACUAUGAGGGCGAAGGCGGCGGCGAUCCCGGGCGCUUCGACGGCUUCGAGGAGCUGCGCUUCUUCGGCGACCUGCUGCGCCGGGCGCAGUGCCUCAAGCGCUGCAAGCAGGGCCUGCCGGCCUUCCGCCAGUCGCAGCCCAGCCGGGAGGUGCUGGCCGAGUUCCAGCAGCGGGAGCCCUACAAGUUCCUGCAGUUCGCCUACUUCAAGGCAAACAACUUCCCAAAAGCCAUUGCAGCAGCACACACAUUUAUCCUGAAACAUCCUGAAGAUGAGAUGAUGAAAAGGAAUAUGGCAUACUACAAAAGUAUGCCUGAUGCUGAGGACCAUAUUAAAGAUUUGGAAAUAAAAUCAUAUGAGAAUCUCUUUAUCAGGGCAGUAAAGGCCUACAAUGGAGAAAAUUGGAGGACUUCCAUCACAGACAUGGAGCUGGCAAUUCCUGAUUUCUACAAAGCCUAUGAUGAUUGCAUAGCUGCCUGUGAAGGCUCCCGGGAGAUUACGGAUUUUAAAGAGUUCUACCUGUCCAUAGCAGAUCACUACAUUGAAGUUCUUGAAUGCAAACUGAAGUGCGAAAUUGAUCUCACGCCAGUCAUAGGAGGCUAUGUUGUGGAGAAAUUUGUAGCCACGAUGUAUCACUACUUGCAGUUUGCCUAUUAUAAAUUGAACGAUGUGAGAAAUGCCGCCUCGUGUGUUGUUAGCUACAUGCUCUUCGACCAGACGGACGGAGUGAUGAAACAGAAUCUAGUCUAUUAUCAAUACCAUAAGGACAAAUGGGGACUCACGGAUGAAGACUUCCAACCUAGACCUGAAGCUGUUCGGUAUUACAACAUAACAACACUUCAGAGGGAAAUGUAUGAAUUUGCCAAAGAGCACGUGAUGGAUGAUGAUGAAGAUGAAGUAUUAGAAUACCUUGAUGAACUCUUGGAAGUGGAUGGUGGAACACAGUGACUCUUAACAACUGAAAACGCAAAUGAGAGUUAAGAAGUGAAUGCUCACCCUUGCUCCUUCACAUCUCCAUGUGUCACCGUUACUCAGGAGUUUAAAAUACCUCAGAUCUUUCCUAAGCUUGCUCUUCUGCCACUUGCAUCCUCCUGUGAGUUUUCCGUCAUGUUGUGCACCUGCAUUCCCUUUGUCUUUAACAUGAUUUUUUAAAAAGAAUAUUGUUGGUAUUUUUGAGCUAUCACAAAUGUCCCUUCUGUUCAUUUAGCUCGGCAAAUUCAUUGCAGCUUGGAUGAAGCACAAAGAUCAUUUUAAUAGAAUAUAAUCAAAUAAUACGAGAAAUGAGUAGCAUUGAAAGGAUGCUACAUUGUUUUUUAAUUGACACAGUGAGCCACUUCAUGACCUCAGUCAAACCAUGGCUUUCCAUAAACUAGGCACUCCUCAAUCACCCCUCCACUGCUUCCAUCACACGGUGGCUUAUUAUCUUGGCUUGUCGAUCGACAUUCAGCCUGAAUUAGAACAUACAGUGGUACCUCUGUUUAAGAACAGUCUGUUUUAAGAACGAUUUGGUUUACAAACUCUGCAAAACCGGAAAUGGUGUCUUGGUUUGAGAACUUUACCUUGGUCAAAGAACAGAAUCCGAACGGUGGAAGGGCACCAGCAGCGGGAGGCCUCAUUAGGGAGGCCUUGGUUUAAGAACAAUUUAGGUUUAAGAACAGACUUCCAGUUCAUAAACCGAGGGAGCACUGUAAUAUGGAAUCCUGGUUUAAUAUAAUUCAGGUCUUUUUUCUAAAGUCAGCAUGCAACAGAAGGAGAGCGGAGGAGCUAGGGAGGGAGAAGCACAUCACCUGACACUCCCAGCUUCAUAAACCAUGGUUUGUGAUAAACCAUGAGAGCACCAUGGCUAGAGAUAAACCAUGGUUUAUGAAGUCUCAAAUCAGCCUUCAGCUGAAGACGAAAUUAAUUCGUUCCGCGAGUCAUUUUGUAUUGCAAAAAUUUCGUCUUGCGAAGCGCGGUUUCCCAUAGGAUUUAAAACAAACCAAAACAAAAAAAUAUGCAAAAAAUUCAUCUUGCAAAGCACAGCCAUAGAAAAAUUUGCCUUGCGAGUCACCAAAAAAAUCGCAAAACGCUUUCGUCUUGCGAGUUUUUCGUUGCAUGAGGCAAUCGUCUUGCGAGGCAUCACUGUACUUUGAAGUAGUUAAAUCAAUUUAGCGAGGUCCCUGGAGAAAACAAGAUUGUGACCGUACUGUGUUUAAACCAGAAGUGGCUAACGUUAUUUAUCCUGAGCAGUGAGUGUGACCAGAAUGACAGAAUGCAUAGAUAUACUUGUCGUAUGUAUGCAUCUCUCUCACACAUCCCUCAUACGAUGUAUACAGCACCAACACUCAUUCUCCUCCCCGCUUGGGAACUAACAAUCUAAUCCCACGCUGGCCCUUCUUAGCUGAUAGAGAUUAGCAUAGUUAGAACCACACUGUCUUUUAUGGAUCAGAUGCACAGAAACACAUCUGUCCUCAUGGGUAAGAGUUGUUUGGACUCUUAUCGUGGCAGGAACAACUUCCAUUAGGAUCUAGUCCUGCAAACAAUUGUUCACUUGCACGACUGGUUCGCCUUAAUUAUACCUGUCCAUUUAUUUGAAUGGUGAUUCUUGUUGGAUAAGGAAUGAAAAUCAGAAAUAUCUAUGGGACCAAAUUCAGUACUUGGGUACACCAGAGCAAACAACGGGUUUAGGAGUAAUUAUCCUAGCAGGUUUCCCUACAGAAACAAUGCCAUUUAUCUAACUCCCCUCCCUAUUGAUGCUUCAGUGUGGAACAUGUUAGAGACCUAUGGUCGUAAUUGUUAAAUGGUGCAAACAUUUAUUUAUUGUAAUAUUGUGUGUGAAUUUACUUUGUUUCUUUAACUACAUAGGAAACUUGUUACAUUAGCUUCUAUUUUACCCGGGGUUGCUAACCUUUUUUUAAAAAACAACUAGCCCCUAUUUCUGUUGCCUUUUUUUAACUACAGCAUUUCUCUCUCCAUAAACACUAUUUCUCUCUCCAUAAAGCACUUUUUUCCUCCUAAAAAGUAAGGGGAAAUGUCUGUGCGUCUUAUGGAGCGAAUGUGUGGUCCCUGGAGCAGAAUUGCCCAGGGGCAAAAAGCAGGUCGUGCUUUUUUUUAUUUAUAGAAGGAGCUAAAGGCUAACAAGAGGGAAAGAGGGGUGUUGAAAAGAAGCUGCUCAGCAGCUGAUUGCAAGAGACGGGGAGGGAGAUAAGGGAAGCCAACUCCCUUCCCGGCCACGCCCCCUUGCCCAGGCCUCCAUUGUUGAAUGUUCUGCAGAGGGAGGCUGCAACAUGUGACUGGCUGAUUGGAUUGCCUGGCUGAUUAGAUUAUCAGAAGCUGCAGAACUGUGAGUUGAACAGGAUUUUUUCCCUUUCCAAAGUAAACUCAACAACUUUGAGCUGAUUCUUUAAAAAUGGGGCUUUUCCUCUUUGCAAAAGAAGCUGCACAACUGUGAGCUGAUCCCUCCAAAAAGGGGCUUUCCCCCUUUCCUCCUCUGAAAACUAAGUGUGUCUUAUGGUCAGGUGCAUCUUAUGGAGCAAAAAUACGGUAGCCCCAAUUUCUCUGCCUUUAACUCCAGCUUGCUGUAGAGCCAUUUUUAGGUGAUAAUGUUUAUCUCCAAAAUUAAAAGGUGUUGCUUAUCAUGCAAAUAACACCUGCAUAAAUUUCCUCUCCUAAUCUUGAGAUAAAAGGUACAGGGACUCUGCUCUAUUGCAUCUGGCUAUACCAAAUUUAUGUGCUAAAGAGGAAAUAGAAAAGGAAAAGAAACCAAAAACCCAGCAAACAAGUUGCAUUAGAGUACAAAAAUUUAACAUAUUUUUAAUUGCAGCUGGUGAAAUUACCACUUCGCUGUGCUUUAUGGAAUACUCUGGUUAAGGAAACUCCAUCUGUGCUUUUGGUGGGCUCUGUUUCUUAAUUAUUUGUUAAAAUAAAUAAUUCAAAACAGAGGUUACCAAGAUGAGGUAAGGCAUAAUAAUUUAAGACAAUCCUCUAAAACAAAUUUUCGUAGGCAUUUAGGGUAUAAAAUGCCUGCCAUAUUUAAGGAACAAUAAAACCAUUUCAAAGGCCCAGGAAGGUCUGAAUGAAUGUAAGUUUUUACUUGCUGAUGAAUUAGUACUGUUGGCACCUGUUCUGAAAUACUAUUCCACAAGAUGAGUGUACCAAGUAAUAUAUAGUGUGAACCCAUUGAAAUUAACAGAUUCAUUUACACCUAUUGAUUUUAGUGGGUCUGCUGUAAGUAAAACUAAUAUUGACUAUAGUCUUGAAUGUAGGCUAUCAGACAUGUUAGGCUAGGCAGAAGUGGUUCUCAUUUCUCUGUGUGGUGCUGUAGCAUUAAGGGCUCAGCUUCCAUUCCAGUAAAACAUCAUUUUUAGUUACUGUUCAAAGACACAUUACAUCAAAAAGCAAAAUUGCUUAAUCUGCUGAGGGCUCCUACUAGAGUUUCCAACAGUUAUUCUGGCAUAGGUCGCUGCAGAAUUCAACCCAAAAUUUCCAGGUGUGUAAAUAAAGUGAUUCUUUUUUGGGGGGGUUACAGGUAGGUAGCCGUGUUGGUCUGGAUCGAAGUAAAAUAAAAAAAAUUCCUUCAGUAGCACCUUAAAGACCAACUAAGUUUUUAUUUUGGUAUGAGCUUUCGUGUGCAUGCACACUUCUUGGGGGGGGGGUUAAGCUUCACCUGUUGGAUAUCUGCUCAUUAUGUGUCAGUUAAAGAUGAAAGAUUUGCAGGGAGGAAACUGGUUAUGUAAACUGCUAGCUUGCAGAAGGAUGAAAUGGAAGACCAUGUAGUCUGCUUUGAGCUCCUAGGAGGAAAGGUGGGAUAAAAAUGAAUUUAAUAAUGGAGGGUGUUUAAGAUCUUGUGACUUUUUGAUCUUUAGGGGAAGAGUCACUGGGAUUCCUAAAUAUUUUUACACUCUUCUUAAUUUUGGUUCACCUUUCAAAAUAUUCGGUGUGUGGCUUUUCAGAAGAUAUUUUUUCUUAAUAUUAACUGGCUUUUUCUCAUUCUGCUCUUUCAUUUCAUCUGCUAUCUAGAGACUGUGAGUUGUCUAAAGUAGGAAUGUUGUUUCAUUUCAUUUUAGUUUUGGUCCCUGUUCAUUGUGAGAUUGGUGCUGUAUUUUGUGCCUGAUUUUGAUUCGGGCAACCCAAGAGCCACUUCCUGAAACAAUAAAGUGCCUUGAA